AAUUCAAUCAAUGAGACGAAGCUUUCAUUUCGCAUUGGGUAUUGGCCACACAACACCAUGUGGUCUCCUCUGAUAUUCUUAUUCGUUAGCGUGUCCCUAGGCUAUUGUUCCGAACAUGAACAUGCCUGGGACUCGGGAAAUGAGUAUAAAUACCUUGUACAAACUCAAACGGUGACGACCAUGGACAAGAUAAACCGACAACAGGCUUCCGGAAUUAAAAUGGAUGGUGUUCUCAUCGUUCAGGCGCAAACACCAAAUAAAUUGCAAGCGAUGGUUCCCUCGCUGCAGUAUGCUCACAUGAACGAUCUAACAUUGCUUGAAGACGAUUACAAUAAUAGAUAUGAACAAAAAAGAAAUGUUCGUAAUGUUCCGCUAUCCGGAAAACCGUUCGAAAUUACGAUGAAGCACGGAGUGAUUCGGGAUAUGUCAUUCGAAAAGGAUGUACCUAUUUGGGAAGUAAACAUCCUGAAGGGUAUCGUGGGCCAACUGCAGGUCGACACGCAGGGCGAAAAUAGUAAGUCAAGCAGGCGAGAUCAAAUACCCGACAAUGAGGAACAGCCAUUUGCUUCAUAUAAAGUCGUGGAGGACUCCGUCGGUGGCAACUGCGAGGUUUAUUACGAUAUUGCGCCAAUGUCCGAAGAAACUGUCGACGAGAGGCCAGAAUUAGUACCUAUGCCGCAGCUUGACCAGAGACAGAAUAAACCAAAUUAUAUUGAAAUUAGGAAAACAAAGGAUUAUGAAAAAUGUAAGCAGCGACGGUCCUAUCGUUAUAAUCAAGCUAAUUGGCCAAGUUCGCCGAAUUAUUCGCCAAAAUUGAACCGGCAACAUGAUCAACUUGUUUCGCAAUUAUCUACAAAUCGCAUGAUUAUCACGGGUGAUCUGAAACGUUUCACUAUUCAAUCAUCGGUGAUGCACAGCGACAUAUCUGUCAAACCUAAAGACCAAGAAUCUACGAUCGGCACUGUUUCUACUAAAAUGAAUGUAACGUUAAUUCAAAAACGAAAGAUCUCGCAAAAGAUGCAACCGAACGAACAUCAACUCGUAUCGACCGGAAACCUAGUUUACAUGUACAACAACCCGUCCACUGAUGGACUCAAAACACAUCGACCGAGCGUCAGUGAAAUGUCUCAAGAAUCAUCCGAAAGUUCAAGCUCCAGUUCAGACUCUAGUUCAGACUCUAGUUCAAGCUCUAGCUCAAGCUCCAGUUCCAGCGAAGAGACUCAUGGUAAUCAUGGUAAAUCAAAAAAGUUAAAGGCACACAAUAAUCAUCAAGACAAUACCAGGAGCAGCAGCAGUAGCAGUAGCAGCAGCAGCAGCCCGAGCAGCAGUAGCAGCAGCAGUAGCAGCAGCCCGAGCAGCAGUAGUAGCAGCAGCAGCAGCGAUAGCAGCAGCAGCAGCAGCAGCAGCAGCGAUAGCAGCAGCAGCAGCGAGAGCAGUUCCUCAAGUAGCUCAAGUUCCAGCGAAGAAGAUUAUGAAUACUGGGACUACUAUAAGUCGGAAAUGAACCAGGGUCCGCACUAUCCAUUCUUGCCUUUCUUUGUCGGCAUAAAUGGCAAUAACAUCCAAAUGGCUGACAAGUUUGAUGCAAUGCAAGUAGCCGCAGAUAUGGCCGUCCAAAUAGCCAAAGACGUACAGGAUCCUGAUGUCAAAGAACCCGGUGUAACGCUAGAGAAUAUUACGAUCUUACAAAAUCUGCUUCGUACCAUGAAUACCGAACAACUACAGCAAGUACAGCAACAUGCACGCCAAAUGGCCAAAGGGGAUGUUUUAGAAUCUUUAAAGAGUGUCCUUUACAAGAUUAUAACAGAGAUCGGAACAAAACCUACUCUCGAAGUCGUCAAAAAAUGGAUCGAGAAUAAAGUACUCGAGGGCUUAGAUGCGGCAUUGGCUGUUAGGAGACUUCCCAGAACCAUUCGCGCACCUACAUCGGAUUAUGUCAGAACAUUUUACAAAAUGAUUUCCUCACCAGAAGUGCAAAAUCAAGAUUACGUGAAAGUAUCUGGGCCCUUAGCAUUAGCCGAAUUGAUGCGUAAAGUGCAACACAACAAAAAAUACAAUCCAGUACAGACCGACCGUAAGCCUAUUCAUGAGAUUGAAAAGGAAGUUUUCUCUUAUUUCUCUAAAAAAUUGGAACAAGCCACCGACGAACGUGAUAGCCAGCAAAUACAGACGUUCAUAGUAUCAUUGGGAAAAACCGCUCAUCCAGCGAUUCUCGAAAUUUUUGAGCCAUAUUUGGAAGGGAAACGUCCGUUGACUACAUAUCAACGUGCGCUACUGGUCACCAUGUUGGCUCCAUUAGCUAAAACCAAUCCGGAUGCCGCUAAAUCUGUUCUCUACAAAAUCUACGCGAACGUAGAGGAAGAUGAUGAGCUUCGUGUCGCUGCAUUUUACAAUAUUAUUAAGACCAAUCCAUCUCUGCCAACGUUGCUGCGCAUAGCACAAUAUACUAAAUACGAUCAGAGCAAUCAGGUAAACUCUGCUGUUGUGAGCACCAUAAGGAGUCUUGCUCGUUUACAACAAUGGCAGUCGCAGGGUAUCGCUGUCAAGGCUCGUCUCGCUAAAAAAUUGUUAACUAAUCAGCGUUUCAAUGUCGCGGAUUCUCAAGGCUUUUACGGGGACACAAUUGACAGUACCAAUCCCAUUCAAAAGUACCUAGUCGAAACAAUUCAAAACCCGGCCACCUCAUCGAAGUUUGUACGUGUUGAAGCAGAUGUUGUACACAAUUUCUUACAAAGGAUAGCUGCACAAUUCGGAUUUGGAGUAUCAGAUUUUAAUGAGCUUGUAGAGCACGUUUUCCAAGAUCCUUCACAGAACAAACAAAAGCCGAACAAACCGAUCGCUGAAAAGAUCGCACGCGCAAUUGGUGUUGAGUCUGAAGUUCCAGAAGAAUUAGAAGGAUAUAUUUUGUUUGGCCAAACCAACAAUGUGCAAUUCUAUCCCUUCGACAAGCCUACUCUUCAAAAAUAUAUCGAGGAUGUAAAGAAGUACGUUAAAAAACAUCAACAACUAAAUAUUAAUUAUGUACACACUUACGAUGCCGUAAUCGGAUUGGCAACAGAAAGCGGCCUGCCUUUUACUUAUACUGUACAAGCACCAGUUUUACAGCGAGUUAACACGAAAAAUUCAGAGAUGGAAAGUGAUAAACGUUCCAACGCCAUGCAAGGCACGAUCAAUAUGUUAUUGGCCACUAGAGUACAAAAUAGAUACGGUUUCACGACACCUUUCGAGCAUCAACAAUACGUCGCCGGUGUCGAUAGAAAUUAUCAUGUACAUCUACCAACAGAAUUUAAGAUUGAACAAGAAUCCCAAAAGAACAAAGACAAGGUCAGCUUGGAGAUGAAAAUGACUCAAAAAUCGCAAAAUUCGCAAGGCCAGCGCAUAGUACACACAAGCACUACUCCCUUCGUUACGCAACACAACAUUGUUGAUUGUCAACCAAUACGUCACGACACAAAGAUGCAAUUAGUUGUCUCUAACGCGCGACCAGAUGUCUCGAAGAACACCUUCUCGGUCGGACCAAUCAAUGUUGUUGCGGAAUUUGAUAAAGCAAAGCGCACACAGGUGAAUGCAAAUAUGAUGAUGGACAUACUAAAAUGUACGAAUGAGCAAGAUAUCCGUCACAUGAAGGCUGAUCUAUAUUUGAAUAACGAUGCGGCAAAAACUGGAAUAAGUAUGAACGUAGUACAUGUUCAAACCUCUAACAAUAAAGGAAAUGUGAAAUCCAACUCACAGACGUUGCCAGAUAUGACGGUUGCUGACAGACAACCGAACAGCGAAGCGAGAAGAAAGCAAUUCAUGUCACAUCUUAACGACGUUUUAACACAUUCCACCAAUCAUGUAUGGGAUAUAGAUAUAAAAUAUCCGACAGCAAAUAAACAGAACCAUCAAGUUUGCACCAUCGCCGUUGGACAAAGCAACGUAGACCAGAAAUAUAAAUCUAUUUUCUACUGGAAUACCCAAUCAGCGAAGAAUGGAAAUGUUGAGCAAGAAAUGUUAGCUACUGGAAACUUGAGAUUAUCGCUCAACACUCCUCUAAGUUUAGAAAAUAUGUUGAAUCGUGAACAACAAAAUAAUUUCGAGUUAAAUUUGCAAUAUGGCCAGCCUAACGCUGACACAAAAACCUUGAGUAUCCAAGGAAAUGCAAUGCAAAGUAACGAUAUCAAAAAUCUAAUAAAGUCUUCUAAGGCAGUACAGCAAUGUCAAGAAGAUCAUAAGCACGAUCAGAAAGGAACACGAGCCUGUCAGAAGGCCGUUGAGCUUGCCGGUAUGAAGGAUCGACUCAAAAUCUCAAUGCGUGUUAACACUAAGUAUCACCACGAAAUUGUGGAUAAAAUUGUUGAACUUAUUAAUAAAAUCUUUGGCGGAAAAGUGGAAUCUAUGGAAGAAAAAUCCUCUGGAAAGAACAACAUCGACAUAGAAAUAAAAUUAUCCCCCGAUCGUGAUGGAACGAACAUCUUUAUAUCUAGUUCUAAAAUGGAGCUUUCCUAUUCCAUACCCUUCGAUUCUUUCCUUGAUCAACAAUCGUCACCGCAGCAGUUGGCACCACAAAUAUUAUUUAGAGCACAGCAAUUAGAAGAGGAAUUGUCAUCGCAAUUGUUAUUGGGAUCUUCAUGGCAAUCAGCAUUGAAUUUGUUAUCGCAAUUCUCAUGGCAAUUGCCAUCGCAGUGGUCAAGUGGAUCACUAUUGCAAUUAGCAUCGGAAUUGAUCUCGCAAUUGUCACCGGAAUCGCUUCACCAGCAACUCCAAUCAACGCAACCAACGCCGAACUCGUGUUUCGCCGAUCAAGAACAGAUUCGUACUUUUGACGAUAAAAAUUAUCUCUUGAAACAAGGAAAGAAUUUGUGGCAAGUGCUCCUUAUUGCUAAUCCGCAUAAAAACCAAGAAGAACCAUCGAAAUUCGCAGAAGUGGCUGUUUUGCAACGAGAUAAGGGCAACGUGAAACAAAUCCGCUUGUUCUUUGGUGACAAAGAAGUUCAGCUGGAUCAACAGAAUGGUGAACCCUACAUCACAAUUAACGGAAUGGAAGCCUACAAAAAUGGAUAUCCAAGUUUGGUUGACACAAACAACAAUCCGGAAGCUGACGAUUACAUCCAAAUGUACGUACUACCGGACAAAUCGGUCCACGUUGAGUCUAACCUGUAUGGAAUUAGUGCCACAUAUAACGGACAACGCCUUCGACUUCAGGUUGCCCCCGGUUAUCGCGAUAUCGUACGCGGUCUUUGCGGCAACUUCAACGGUUCUCCCGAUGACGAUUUCGUGUCUCCUAAUAACUGUCUCAUACAACAAUUGGCACAAUUUUCUGAUUUGUAUACUUUGAUGGAGAAUGGCCAGCAAGAAUUUACUGCGAAGAACGCUGAUUUACAGCAACCAUGCACUCGAAACGAGCAUCGUCUGAGCAAUGUUAUUAACGACUUCGAAGCGGGAAGAAAACACUUGGCUGCUAAAAGUAAUUGGGGCUACCAUGAUAACAAAAAUGGAGGAAAUAGAAAGCAGGCUAAGAACAAGAACCAAAAUAAGACUAACCAAAAUGUGAAAACAUUGAAUUAUCGCACACAAGUCUGGGAAAAAGAUGAUGAGGUCUGUUUCUCUGUCAGACCUAUACCUGAAUGUCCCAAGCAUAGCAAGCCUGUCGAUACGAAGGAGAAAAAUUAUGCAUAUCACUGCAGGCAGAAGGACGAAAACACUAAACAAUUGCAGAAUAGAAUCAAGAACGGAGCUAAUCCGGAUCUGUCCCAAAAGCAUGUCUCUCAAUAUCGCUCAGAAUUAGUUCCUCUUGCUUGCCAAGCUGCGUAAUCAUACUCAGAUAUACCGAACGUGCAUAUUUAAUCGAAAGAAAUGACCCUUUUAUGUUUUCUUUCUUUUUUUAGAAACUUAUAAAUAUAUUAUUUUAGUAAUUGAAGAAAUGUAAGCAAUAAUAAAGUUGAAUCUUUUCAACGUGA